AUGGCCGUAGAUGCAGACAAAACGCUGCACGAAUACUACCUCAGCUUCGUCCAGAUUAUAUCGAUCUGCGACGAUCUACGAGAGCAGGAGAACUCGGCGUUGCGCGCACAGGUGCACGACCUUACAGAGAUGCUCGCAGCGUUCAAUCUUUGUGAGCUGCAAGAUCCGCAUCUGAUCGCUGUCCGGGACCGUGCGUUCCAACGCGACAUCACACCGGAGGUAGGUCUUCUUGAGUUCUUUAGCACAAAACGUCGACUGCUGCAAGAAGUCAUUCAGAGUGCGGUGGAUGGGGACCUUAAGGAAGACAUUGCGAGUAAGUUGCACGGAGAGUGCAGAAAAGUCUCCGAAUGUCUCGAGCCCGGUUCCAGCGUUGCCGACGAGUCUGAUCAAGAACUUGAGUGUCUGCAUCAGCGCGUUGAGCUGCUCGAACGAGAAGUGGUUAUCCUACGUCUACGCCAGGAGCUUUUGGAAGAAACGACGCCGAGGAUAGAAUGCCCUUCAGUCAAAAUUGACGCUGAUCAAGAUAUCAAACAUGAGCAAAGAGAGCGUGGAAAUUUUUGUAAUGAGCCCUCUUACGAGCCUACGAAGGUUGUACAAGAGCAGCAGGAGCGAAUCGUCGAGCUCGAGGACGCGCUGACAACGCAGUUGGCUAAGAACGCAGCACUGCGACAGCAAAGCCGCGGCUACCGUAAAGUGCAAACUAUUCUCCAAGAGCUAAGCUGA